GGGACGAAGCUCUUUUGAUCGGUCGCGACUGCUGAGAGGUCGGCUGAUGAGCCAAUCAACUUCCUCGUUUUUGACUUGACCUUAAAGCUUCAUACUGCAUUGAACCUCCAAAACACUCAAUUACGGGCUUUGCGAACCCAGUAUCUCCUCACAACAUAUUUCAAAAUGGCCGCCCGUCAACCUAGAUUCAAUCAGCAAGUCUUGAUUGACACUACCCCAUUACCUGCGGAUAUUCCACCCGUCACAGAGAUUGGUAGCAGUUCGGCGCCAUUAUUGUCCGCAAGUUUCUUUAUCGGUGCAAGAUGCAGACCCUACAAUGACGAUUUCAUGCAAUGCAAGAACGACAACCCCGGAAAGGGAGAAAUCGAUUGUCUGAAAGAGGGCCGAAGAGUUACCAGGUGUGCGAGGAGCGUAAUUGAAGAUGUGAACAAACACUGUCUUGAGGAGUUCAGAAAACACUGGAAAUGCCUGGACAAUAACAACCAACAACUAUGGCAAUGUCGACCACAAGAGUGGAAGCUUAACAAAUGUGUCUUUGACAAUCUGAAAAUCGAGAAGGUUAUUCCAGAUACCCCCGCAGGUGAAACCCCUGUGCACCUACGUAAAAGACAAAUUUACGCACACUACGGCCCAUGAGUUAUUCAUGUGGCAUCGUGUUUCAGUGGAGGUGAGGCGCUAUUAGGAGAAUACAUGUAUAUAGUGUUGAGAAUCAAACUGCACUUCUUCCA